UUAUGCUUAUUCUGAGAGUGUUUUGAUGUGUUGGCGCAUAUAAACUGGUUUACGUGUUUGAAACCAUCAAUUUUAUUAGAAUUAAUCAAUCAUGUGCGGUUUGCAGGUACUGAUAUAGCUAAGUUUAGCCUUGUCCAUCGCAGCAUUUGCGAGUUUCAAUUUUGAAUACUGCGACUAUUAAGUGAAGCUCCGCGGAAGACAUAAUGACUAUUAACUUAAUUAAUUCACAAUUCCUUUUUUUGAAACACAACUGAAAACUGACAAAUAUCACUCAAAACUACAAAAACGUGGCAAUGUUUGCAACCAUGCUUAAAUAUCUGUUUGAGCGACAGAAGUGUCUGAUCGGCUGGGUGAGAAAUUACAAUUGUUACGUGUCGCGUCAUUAUUGACUUAUUGCUGAUUGGUUAUAGGUACCGAAAUAAACAAGGAAACUAAUGCUUGGGGAAACAUCCAUAAACGCUGUUUAGCGAAUACAUACAGUAAAAAUAAAGAAAUAAAGCGUUGCCGGCAUAUUUCAGCCAACUGAAAGGUUAAUUGUUGCAAUAAUUCAAUUCUGCUCGCGUACCACUUGAAAAGCUCCCGCGUACCACAGGUUGAGAACCACUGGACUAGCAGAUAUAUUGUUGUUGGUUCUUUGUUUUGUGAAGUGACAAAUAUGACUCUGACUCUAAAAUGACCCAGAGAUAGUACGGUGAUAGUCUAAUUCCAAUGAAACUUAGAAUCUAUUUUUGAAAUCAAGAAGUUACCAUUUCAAAUAUUCAAUCCGUUUUGGAUCUUCUUGUUUCAGUCUCACUGGUGGUGGUAAUGCGGAAGUCUGGUUAACUGUGAUUCAAUUUCUGUGGCUGUUUUUAAUUUGCUAGUCAUGUUUCCCUCGCAUAGAAAUCUUGAUGAGAAUCUUUUCUUUGGGCUCCGCGGUGUGCCGCAUCAUGUUAGGCAUUAGAAAUACACUCGCCACCGCAUCUCUGAUUACACUGCGUGGGUUCGAAUCCCAUGUGGGAUUAAUUGUGUGUAAGAGUAUUGCUGGACUUGUCGCUGCCAUAGGGUGGUUCACGUAACCACUGGUCGAUUACGGCUUCUUCCACCAUCAAGUCCAUGCAUCUGAAAACAAAUAACUGGCUAACUAAUCUUACAUUGACUGGUAGCAGGACAAGAGGCCGUGGUUCACCAUAUGAUUAACCUGUCUUGUCGGGUUUCAUCUCCACCGAGAUAAAUAUGUAAAUCCUAUCCUAUCUCAACUUUUUUGUAUAUAUGCCAAUUACCAGGUCUAUGUGCAUUUUGGUGCAUAUGUACCGGUACUUCUCAUUUUAAAGUUUCUAGUAUAUGUUUAUUUUCUCAGCAAUUGAUUUGUUUUUCGAUGUGUUGAUUUUUCAGAAUGUUCAAAUAAGUAAUAUUAUAUUUCAUAGCCUACUAACAACACAUGGGUAAGAUUGAGAAAAAUAUUGAUAGACAGCUUCUAAAACCUUUUUUAAAUUUUGCAGUGUAUUGUUAUUGCUAGAGAUGCCUUGCACAUAUUGCAAUGUUAGUUUUUCUAUCAUAAAAUGGAAAAAUAAGUGUCAAACGUGCAUGUGCAUGUUUUGCACUAAUUGUAUUAUCGAGAAACGUUGUGUGGCUUGCCAUAAUGUACUCGACUCUCGUUUGCAGUUUGAAGGUUUGAUGAAAGUCAGAGUUAAGGAUUUGAAGAUAUAUUCAUCAGUGCGAGGUCUGCCUGUCAAUACAUGCAAAGAAAAAAAUGAACUUGUGUAUAUGAUAUUGCAAAACUGUAAUGCACCCAAUCCACCACAAAUGCCUCGCAAACCCAGCAAUUCUACACCAAAUUAUCCACGCAUGGCACAGAAUCCGCAACCAAAUGAGCAACGGAAUAGACAUGAUAAUAACCCACCAUAUCCACCUAAUGGAAGUUACAGGAUGCCGCAGCCAGAGCAAUUUCAAGCUAAUUCAUUUCCGCAACCUCCUGAGUACAAUCGAACGCAGCGAGCUUUUCCAACUGCAGAUGAGAUUUUGAGCCAGUUGUCGGGUUCAUCUCAUUUUAAUAUAUCUGCAGGAAGCGACAUUCCUGGUACAAAUGUGGAUCCACCUGAAACCCCUGUCAAUGUUGAAUCAGAAACUGAUUCCAAACCUCCAAUUAGUUCAACUCCACCCCCUAAACCAACACCCACUGGUAAUGGAAACAAGUUAUUGAUAGUGGAUAUCACAAUUGAGGCUCAAAUAGACUAUUUAUCAAUAAGGGAAAUGAAGCAAAUUCUUGCAGAUAAUUUUGUUGAUUACAAAGGCUGUGUUGAAAAGUCAGAACUGAAGAUAAGAGUAAAAAAUUUAUAUCAGGACCGAUCAAAAAAUGAAGAAAUAGUUUCACAAGAAGAAGCUGGAACUGCAGAAAUGUCAGAUAAUACUUGUAAAAUAUGUUGGGAUCAACCUAUUGAUUGCGUCUUGCUUGAAUGUGGACAUAUGGCAACAUGCACUUCUUGUGGCAAAAAAAUGAAUGAAUGUCCUAUCUGUAGGCAGUAUGUUGUGAGAUGUGUCCAUGUAUUUAGGACAUGAGCCAUGAGCAGCUUCACUUUCGAAUUGUAUAAUUUUUUGCGCUGACUAUUAUUAGCAAUUAUUUUAUAAACUUAACCCCUUUCUAGAUUAAAUGAAUUUUUCUCUCUUUUGUUGCCUUCAUCAAACAUUUAUGGUAUAAAAAGAUAUACAUUGAGUCCUUCUGAGUCAUCGUAUCAUUCUAUUAUUGCCUUACGCAUUUAAAGGAUUUCAAAAAGAAUAAUUUUUUUUAAAAAUUGAAACAUCUAUCAGAUAUGCAAAAAGCUAUUCAUCUCAUUUGAAAAAUCUGAUUUUGGUAUAAAAUUACAGUAACAUUCAUUUUCAUACAUUAAUAUCCUAAAAUGUUUUCUGUACUCACUGACUACAUUUUCACUGUAUUUUGGCUUAAUAUAUUCUUUAUAAUGUUGAUUGAAAUUCGUAAUAAUGGUUUACUCAACAUGUUUGUUUGUUUGUUCCUUAUUUUCAUACAUAUAAACUUUGCUUACAGUUGCGCUGUUCAAACAUAAUCUUGGAUUUAUCCAUCAAUUAUAUAUUUACAGAUUUAUUGACAAUUUGGUGUGUUUGGUAGAGGUAUAUUUGCAUAACUUCAGCUUUAUACUAUAAAUCCUCAUUUGCCAAAUUUUGAUUAUGGCUAUAAUGAUUGUGAUUUCCCUGUAGUCACAAGAUGUAAAGCAAUGAAUAAAGUAAUGGCAAAUAAUGGUCGCAUAUCCUACGCAUUGUUCAUAAGCUAAUUUUUACAAUUCCUAUUUAAAACUACUUCUAAAUACUGUAUUCAUUUUAGUUAGUAAUGCAAUGUAAAGUUCAAACUCUUUAAACUAUAGCAUUUCAUGCGUUGUGGUACCCAAUUAUGGAUAUAGUACACCAAUGCCGUAAUUACCAGAAAAUUAUAAUAAAAUGCAGUGUUCUGAAAUUGAACUGUUCCGAGAACAGGGUUUUUCAAAUCAUAGUGUUGUUUUGUAGUCUAUUCCACAAUAUGACUUCGAAAAUAUGACAUUUUAAAAACGAUGAUUAUUUUGUAAAAAUUCUUUUUAAAUUUGUAACAAGUCUCCCCACAAUAUGACUUCAAAAAUAUGACAUUUUAAAAACGAUAGUUAUUCUGUAAAAAUUCGAUUCAAUUUGUAACAAGUCUCCCAAAUGGGUAGCAAAUCUUUCAUUUCUUUAAAUAGAGAUUAAAAUUAGCAAUUCAUUACCAAAUUAAUAUACUGUACUACUAAAGUUCCCAUUCAUGUUAAAAUUAUUUGAACGGACAGUACAACUUGUGUAAAAUGUAUUUUGCAUGUCCAGUCAAUAGAGAACUUAUUCCAUUGGUUAGUCUUGAAGUCACUGUCAAGUUGGAUAUUUUUAUAACAGAUAUGUAAUGAAUCUAAUAUUUUCUUCCAGCAAACAUCGUUAAUCUGUGAUAUGGUAAUUUGCUCAAAUCAUUUGUCCACUCCUACUUCAUAACCAUCACUGGUGAUCAUUGAGUAACUUCUCAUGGCUGAAAACUAAUAAUGAGUGUGACUAAACCAAACUGUGUCUCAUAGAUCUGAUUGGUUGGAUUUUCAGUAUUGUAGGGAUCUUUUCAUUAGAUUCAAGGAUAUAGUGUAAAUCUUAUUAGAGGUAUCCACAACAUCAUAUCUUGCAUUUAAGAUACUUUUACGUGUUCACGAUCCCAGAAUUAUAAUAUUAAUAAACCCAAUAGUCAUACCCAGAUUAAGUUAUUGUUUAUGUAUCACAGUACUAAUAUUUUGUUUCAAUGCUUAUUCCCUUUUAUCAUUAUUAGUUUUGCAGAUAGAAAUACCAUUUUUGUGUGCACUUUAUGUUGAUUGAAAAUUUUUCAUGCAAUUUAAAUAAAAUACAUUAUAGUAAUGCUUUUUGUUUCUGAAUUGAAAUAAACCCCAAUUAAUAUGG